CUGGACCGAGGGGAUCCUCGAAUCGCUAAAAAGAGAGAGAGGGAGCGAGAGAGCUCUAAGAAGAUGUCGGGACGUGGAAAGGGAGGCAAGGGUUUGGGGAAGGGCGGUGCGAAGCGCCACCGCAAGGUCCUCCGGGACAACAUCCAGGGCAUCACCAAGCCCGCCAUCCGGCGUCUCGCACGGCGCGGCGGAGUGAAGCGCAUCAGCGGCCUCAUCUACGAGGAGACGAGAGGCGUCCUCAAGAUCUUCCUCGAGAACGUCAUCCGGGACGCCGUCACCUACACCGAGCACGCCCGCCGGAAGACCGUCACCGCCAUGGACGUCGUCUACGCCCUCAAGCGCCAGGGCCGCACCCUCUACGGCUUCGGCGGCUAGGGUUUAGGAGCCGCUUUCUGGCAUGUAAAAUUCUAGUAGUUUAGAUUAGGGUUUUUGUGCUUUGUAAUUAGCGGCUAGGGUGUGCUUGAGAUGGCAUGUUCUUGUGGGAUAAUUGAAUGAUUGCCCUUGAAUUAGGGUUUCAGGUGAUGUAAUCUUCUGGAAUUGUUAAUGGUAGCAAGCAAUUAUUGUCCUCAAA